AUGUCUCAAACGUUUGAGGGCAUCGCCGACGAUUUACUACCCAAGCUUCAUCCAUGCCUCCGAAUCCCCCAGAAGAUAGUCAGAUUCAAGAAAGCCAACCUUCGAUUCUUGGGCCUUGAGCCUUGCACUGUUGACCAUGACAUCAAUGACCUCUCGUCCCUGUCUUGGGGAAAGGGAUCCGAAUUUAUCCUCGAUUUUGGUAUUCAUAUGGUCGGGUUUCUCUCAUUCCACUUGGACUACGUCGGGCAAAACAUGGACGCUCCGUGUCGGCUCCGCCUCACCUUUGGCGAGUCGCCACUUGAUGUAACAAUGGAUAUGGACAAUGUGAAGACCUGGAUCAGCACUGCCUGGCUUCCUGACGAGGUCAUUAAUGUCGACGCAUGCCCGCAGACAAUAAACCUUCCCCGCCGUUAUUCCUUCCGCUACCUACGAGUUCAAAUUAUUGAUACAUCUGCCAAGUUCAAGGUAUCUUUGUCAAAUGUCCGAUGCGAAUCAGUCAGCGCCGUCUCUCAAGACCAUCAAAUUGAUGCGGUAGAGUUCCCAGAUCCUCUUCUGCAGGAUAUCGACCACGUUUGCAUUUCAACGCUUCGGGAUUGUAUGCAGACUGUAUUCGAAGACGGUCCAAGACGAGAUAGAAGACUUUGGAUUGGAGAUCUGCGCCUACAGGCUCUGGCAAACUACAGCACAUUUCGGGACUUCAACCUCGUCAACAGAUGUCUUUUCCAGUUUGCAGCAGUCCGUCGUGAGGACGGCUCCUUGCCAGCUUGCAUCUUUGAAAAGCCCACGCUGACGGCUUCGACAGACUAUAUCAUUGACUAUGAUGCACUGUUUGCCGCUAUUGUUUACGAUUACGUGGAGGCUUCCACAGACACAGAGACUGGUCAUCUCCUUUGGGAGACUGUUCUCGGCUGUGUUAAACGCCUGCAGAGCAACCUCAAUCCUGACUCGUACGUCUUCGAGGCCGACCGGACGAAGCACCAUAUUUUUCUCGACUGGGCAAAGGGUCUUGAUAAGAGUGCGGGAGCGCAUGGCGUACUCCUUUAUUGUCUCAAGGCGACGAAUAAGCUCGCCGUACGACUAGGCAAACAACCUCCGUACAACGACCUGAUACUCAAAAUGGAAGACGCUGCGAACUCAUUCCUCAAGGGUGGUGUUUUUGUAUCUGGAAAAACUCAGCAAGUCAGCUACGCGUCCGCCGCGUGGCUAGUUCUUUGCGAGGCUUUCCCUCCAGAAAUCGCUCGCAGAGCCAUCCUAGCCACUCUCGCACACCCAGAUGCUGUGAAGCCGCUCACACCUUAUCUAUGGCAUCAUGUGUGCGACGCUCUUGCGAAGCUAGAAUGUUACGAUGAGUGUGUUGAUCUUAUCAGGUCAUAUUGGGGCGGCAUGGUGGAGGCGGGGCAGAUACGUUCUGGGAAUGUUACGAUGAGCAAGAUUGUAUGGCGAGUCCAUAUGGGGAUGUACGGAAUAACAGUUGGUGCCACGCUUGGAGCUGUACUCCUACAUAUUUGCUUAGGACGACGCUGUGGAAGACGGUCAAGGCGCAACGGAUGGGUAAGAUUACGAUGGGUGAGCUAG